UUCAGCCAGAUAGGCAGGCAGAGAAGAAAAAAUGGCGGCCCUGGGCGAACCAGAACGGGACGCCGGGCUAACGUUUUGAGCUCUCGCAUUCUGGAAGGCGCAGGGGGGGCUGCAACGGGGUCACGGCGUGAUCCGCACCGGUUCGUGUGUGUGGUGUUACCGUUUUCGCUCGCAACCGUGUAUGCCAAAUCCACGCAAACGUCGGGAUUGUAAUAUAAUAGGUUUCGCCUAUCAUGAGAGGGAAAAGGGGCAGGCCGCCCAAACCGCUACAAACGGAGGAUCCAUCCCCAGCUUCGACCCGGGGCUUGCGACCCAGGAGGAACAUAAAACCGAAGUUUAGGGACAGUGGGGACGAGGACGUCGAGAGCCCACAAAGGGAGACCYCAAAAUCAGCCAAAAAGAAGAAAGCACCAUCGACACGGGGCAGGGGACGAGGUAAAGGUGGCGGUGGUGGCAGAGGUGGUCGUGGUGGAAGGCGGACGGCUGUGCCCAAAACCGUGGUGUACGAUGACCACGAGAGCGAGGAGGAAGAGGAUGCUGUGAGUCUGAGGUCCGAGGAGGAUGAGUUUGUCGAGGAGGAAGCCCAGUCCGAGGAGGAUGAGGGCCUCAAAGAGGACUCUGACUGCCUAGAAGAUGAUGRGCUGGAGGAGGAAGAGGAUGGUGCCAGCUUCUGCACAGAGAGCAGCUUUCGGAGCCACAGCACUCACGCCAGCACUCCGGGGAGAAAAAAAAUGCGAGCCCCUCGCCCUCGCACUCCCACUCUCGAGAACAAGGAGAUUCCUCCACUUGAGCUUCCAGAAACCUCCGAGGAUCUUUUGGUGCCUAAUGAAGAGCUGCUUAACAUCACCUCCAUCUAUGAGGUGCUACGGAAUUUCAGCACCGUGCUCCGCCUCUCCCCCUUCCGCUUUGAGGACUUCUGUGCAGCACUCAUUGGCCGGGAGCAGUGCACGUUAAUAGCUGAGACCCAUAUCUCCCUAUUGAAGGCCAUCCUGCGUGAGGAAGACUCCUCCAACACCACCUUUGGCCCUGCAGACCUCAAGGACAGCGUCAACUCUACUCUGUACUUUAUUGACGGCAUGACGUGGCCCGAGGUYUUGAGGUCUUACUGUGAAAGUGACAGAGAGUUUCAUCGCGUUCUGCCACACCUAGAGACGGACGAGUAUCCCUACGGUCCUCUUGAGAGUAAGAUCAAGGUGCUCCAGUUCUUGGUGGAUCAGUUCCUCACCACCAACAUCGCCCGAGAGGAGCUCAUGUCUGACGGCAGCAUGCAGUAUGACGACCACUGUCGCGUGUGUCACCGCCUGGGUGACCUGUUGUGCUGCGAGACUUGCUCAGCGGUCUAUCACCUGGAGUGCGUGAAACCCCCGUUGGAGGCUGUUCCGGAGGAUGAGUGGCAGUGUGAGGUUUGCGUGGCACACAAAGUGCCCGGAGUCACAAACUGUGUGACUGAGGCACAGAAAAACAGGCCUUAYAUUCGCCAGGAGCCCAUUGGAUAUGAUAGACAUCAGAGGAAAUACUGGUUCUUCAAUCGGAGGAUUAUUGUUGAGGAGGACGGGGAGCAUGAGAAGAAAAAGAUCUGGUACUACAGCUCGAAGGCACAGCUGGAGGAACUCAUCGAGUGUUUGGAUAAGGAAUACUGGGAGACGGACCUUCAUGCCGUCCUGGAGGAGACGAACGAGGAGGUGAAAGCUCACAUGGACAUCACAGAGGACCUCACCAACAGAGCUCGUGGCAGCAAUAAAUCUUAUCUCGCUGCUGUCAAUGAUGUGGUUCUGGAGCGGUUAAAGAUAAGGCGAGUGGCGCAGGAUGCAAAGAGGCGAGUGGAGGACAAGCAGGAAGCAGAGCGUGGCUCAGUAAAUACAACUGAGGUCGAUGCUCAGAUCUCAUUACAACCCGACAAGACAAAGGAUGCAGCGAACGUGGGUGAUGYUAACUCCCAAGCAGCUGCUGUUCAACCUGCAGCAGAAGAGAGGCUCACAUCAGAUAASCCUGCCUCUGCUACCCAGGAUGCAGCUGCACUAAAGACACAAUCACUUGAGAAAAAUGGUGAAGCAGAAGCUGAUCGUUCUGGGAACCAAGACAGUGGAGAGUCUCCUCCACUAGGAAAGCAGGGAGCGACAGACGUGAAUCAGAAAUCUGAAUCUGGUAGUGAAGUUGCACAAAGUGACGACUCGUCACCAACUCAAGAUCAAUCACAGCAGCGAUCGUCUCAACCAAAGGCAGCUGGUGACGGUAGCCAGGUUUCUGGUUCUGAUGGUCUCCGUAAGCUGGAACCACCCGAUCAAGCUGACAGGUCGUCCCAGUCCUCUUUCACCAGCCAUGAUGGCACGGAUGAGUAUAACGAACGGAUCAGGAAUGAAAAAACAGCUGAACAGGAAUCCAAAAACCAAAUACACAGAAGCAGCAAAGAGUCAUCUCCUGUCCGUUUCACCGGUGACUCCACACGUCUGAGCUUCUUGAAAAGGGACCUGGCGGUAAAUUUAAACAACUUGUUCAAACUGGGUCAGGAGGGCAAGUACAGGGUCUACCAGAACCAUUUCAGCACCAACGUCCUGGCGCUCAACAAACAUCAGCACCGGGAGGAUUACGACAAGAAGCGCCACCUCUCCCACAAGUUCAGCCUGACCACCGCCUCAGAGUUCAAAUGGAACGGCUCCAUCUACGGGUCGCGGAGUCUGACCGUCUCCACCAUUCGGCUCACCAUCAUCCAGCUGGAAACCAACGUGCCGGGUCCUUUUAUGCAUCCCAACUGGGCAUCGCACAGGACCAACUGGAACAAAGCAGUGCAGAUGUGCAGCAAAGCCAGGGAAUUUGCUUUGGCUUUGGCUAUUUUGGAGUGUGCAAUCAAACCAGUGGUUAUGCUGCCUGUGUGGAAGGAGUCUCUGGGACACACAAGGUUACAUCGUAUGACCUCGAUGGAGCGGGAGGAAAAGGAGAAGGUGAAAAAGCGCGAGAAAAAGCUUGAGGAUGAAGAGAUCUUGCAGCAGGCCACAUGGGUGAAAUACACCAUCCCCAUCAAGCAUCAGGUGUGGAAACAGAAGGGCGAGGAGUAUAGAGUGACUGGAUAUGGUGGUUGGAUCUGGGUCAGUAAGACUCACGUGCCCCGUUUUGUUCCAAAACUACCAGGAAACACAAAUGUAAACUACCGUAAAGAAUUAGAGGCUAAAAUGAAUAAAGAAAAUUCUGUAGUUAAUACRAAAAAACACAAAGAGAUGACGAAAUGCAAGAAGGAGGCCACUCGGAUGGAAGAAGUCAAGGAAAGCUCACUGGCCACUGAAUCGUCUAUGGUCACUUCCUCGACUGACGACAGUAAACCUCAGACCACCAAAGAGGAAGAAAAGCCUCCAAAAGAUGAGCAGGAAGUUGCUGCUGAAGAUAAGAGUGUAGAUGAAAAAAUGGAGGUUGACUCCAGCCUGUCUGCUUCAGCUGAUACAAGAGAAAAAGCUGAAAGCAACGGCCCUUCUUCAGCCACUGCGCAUCCCGUUGGAGUCGAACCUUCUCCGGCACCCGAACAAACCAAAAAGGAYGAGACGGCAGCGUCGAAGAUCUUUUACGACGUUGUGAACGUCAGYGAGGGCUUCCAGCUGAGGACAGCUUAUAAGAAGAAGGUGAAGCCGUCCAAACUGGAUGGACUCUUGGAGCGUCGGGUAAAACAGUUCACCUUGGAGGAGAAACAGAGACUGGAUCGGAUGAGACAGGCAGCCGCCUCGUCUAAAACAGCAGCCACAAAGCCCACGUUCGGGGUUAAGACUGAAGGAACUGCAUUAAGCAAACAGCAGCCUGCUAUCACCUCGGGUGUUAAAGCAGAGGAGAAGGAGGAGAACCAGCAAGUGAAAGACCCUGUGGUGAAAAAACUCGACUUCGAGCAGGAGGAUACAAAGACGGAGAGCGUGGACAUCAAAUCAGACCCUGAAAUCAAGGAGGAAGCCUGUACCAAUGAAGAGGUGAACGGAGAAUCUGAGCUCAGCUGUCAGUCAGAGAAGACUGAACCCAACGAAAAAACCCUGAAUCAAGAAGUUCCUCAAAAACCUGAGAACCCUAAGAAACGGGGCUAUGAUGAAAUGGAGCAAAGCAGCGGCAAGAGCGACACAGAAAACACAGAGGAAACUCAAAGUAAGAGCGGCCCAUCACAGCUGAAUGGAAAAACCACAGCAGUGGACUCAAACAACUCAGAGCCCGGGACUGAAACCCUGGGUGUGGUUUCAGAUCCAGAGAAGGAGCCGGUCAAGUCUCUGAUGAAUGGGAAUCUGUCCCAGAAUGAGUUUUCUAAUGCAGCUCAUCCUCCUCCUCUCAAAGUCCCAAAGUUGGAGAACCACGUGGGAGAAGAAGGAGAGCCUUUAAAUAAGAGUGACAGUGUGAUGACGGACUGUGAGGCUCUGGUACCAGCGAAGCUCCAACCGUCCAACACUUCCUGCCACAUUAGUAAUAACGCAGACGUUUGCACUAACCGUGACGGUGUAAAAACCUCCAUCAAUAAUGUCUCCUCAAAGGAGCCUCAGAACGCUCUAACGCCUGACACAUCCAGCAGUAUUAGCAAGCYCGGUGUACCCUCUCAAGGAGAAAUGAGCUUGCCUUCAUCUGGUACCGGUCCCAGCACCACCCAGCCCGGUGUUGAAGCAGCUGGCUCCCAGAAGAGAAAACUUAACGAAGCCAAAGCGGGACCCUCGUCAGGCGGCUCCAUGAUUAGCAAAGAGUACUCCACUAGAGACAGAGUGAGCCUUCUCAGGUUCUCCAAGUCAAAGAAGGCCCGCUCGGGAACAGCACUGCCGUCCUACCGUAAGUUUGUGACCAAGAGCAGCAAGAAGAGCCUUUUUGUCCUCCCAAACGAUGACCUGAAGAGGCUGGCGAGGAAGGCGGGCAUUAAAGAAGUGCCCAUCUUUAGCUACAACGCCAAGCCAGCGUUGGAUAUCUGGCCCUACCCUUCACCUCGGCCCACUUUUGGGAUCACGUGGAGGUACCGUCUGCAGACUGUGAGGUCUCUGGCAGGUGUUAGUUUGAUGCUGAGGCUGCUGUGGGCCUGUUUGAGGUGGGACGACAUGGCUGUGAAGCCCUCCGCUGCUGUGGGGACGACACGGAAAGAAACCACAGACACAGACAUCAUCACAACAGAGAUUAUAAAGAGGAGAGAUGUGGGGCCGUAUGGCAUCCGCUCAGAGUACUGCAUCAGGAAGAUCAUCUGUCCCCUCGGAAACAGAGACACUCCAAAAGAAACCCCAACCCCACAGAGGAAAGGCCUGCGCUCCAGUGCCCUGAGGCCCAAGAAGCAGGAGCCAGCCAAGCAGACUGGGCCUGUGGCUGUGGAGACCUGGAUACCUGAAGAGGAACUGGAGCUUUGGGAGAUCCGAGCUUUUUCAGAGAGAGUGGAAAGGGAUAAGGCACAGGGUUUAGAUCCUGCCAAGGCCAGCAGCACCCUGAAAACAGCAGAGGAAGUGAAAGCCCAUUUGGAGAAUCAGCUGAAGCAGGCCAGACUGGCUGCCCAGCAGAAACGUCUGGAGCAGCAGAAACUGAGCACAACCACCACCACUUCCACAACCACCACCACCACCACAUCAGCCAGCUCUCCCRGCACCCCGACCACAACAGGCCUGAGGACGGGUCCAUUGACACCUGGAACCAAGAUGGCCCUGUCCUCCAAGCUGGGCUCCUCGGUGUCAUUACAACAAGACAAGAACUUCCAGCAGUCGUUUGCCUCCUGGGUGAAACAGGGCCAGAACAACAGCAGCAGCAGCAGCAGCAGCAGCAGCAGCACAGGUGGAGGUCAGCAGAAAGUUAUGGGUAUYUUCCCUCAUGGGCCCCCUGCCAACCUUCGGACGUACAGCACGCUGCAUCCUACGACUGGAAACAUGAACCUCAGAACUGCUUCUUCUGCCUCAACCACUCAGCCACAGGUGACAACAACGGUAGGACAAACUCAGCCUGGAGCAGCUUCUGUUCCUGGAGGCACAGUAGUCCGAGCUCCAGCUCAACAAGGUCAGUCUCAACAUGCACCUGGGACUCCUCCUGCUCUGAGAGCAGCAGCUCCUACACCAUCAACUCCUUCUGCCACCMCCGCUCCCGUUGCUUCAUCUCAGCCCCAAAGACCACAGCAGGGUCAAGUAAAACUCACCAUGGCUCAGCUYAUGCAGCUGACACAAAGCGCUCAGGGAGGCAACCCAGGUCUGACGGUGGUAAUUCAGGGUCAAGGCCAGACCCAGGGCCAGCUUCAGAUCAUCCCACAGGGCGUUACGGUCAUCCCAGGCCCCGGUCAGCAGCUCAUGCAGGCAGCCAUGCCCAAUGGCCAAGUCCAGCGCUUCCUUUUCACUCCUUUACCUCCGUCCUCUUCAGCUCCUGUUUCGGCUCCUGCUAACGCGACCCCUGCCACGACCCAGACCCCUCAAACCCAAAUGUCUUCUCCAACUCCAGUGCGAGCCGUCGCACAAGUUCAGACGACUCCAUCUUCCUUAGCCCAAACACAAAUGACAGCCCCUCUGCCUGCACCCAUACACGCUACAAGCCCGUCGCCGAAGCUAAACGUUGCCUCGAGCCCCGCUUCAGUUCAAACCCAAGUCGCAGCACCCGUUCCCCCUGCAGCUCAUGGCUCUGCACAAACACAGCUUUCACCCACAUUACCCAUCCCGGCGCAGCCACAAAGAUCGGCUCUGUUGCCUCAUUUUCCACAACCUUCCUCUCAAGUUUUACCCUCUACACCGCCUUCAGCUCUCACAUCGCCCCAAGCUGCUUCCUCUGCUCCUAAUUCAGUCCCGAGUGUGAYUCAGACACAAAAUCUCACCUCAUCCCCUGUUCAAAACCAAGCCCUGCCCCAAGCCCAAGUGUCCACCCGCCCACAAGCUUCACUUCCUGCACAAUCCCAAACUAUAAGUUCACCACUUGUACCAGGACAAGCUGUCCUCCAAAGCCAAGUCCAACCACAGUCCCGCAGCCCCGCCCCACGGUUAACUUCAGCCGCUGUUCAGAUGCAGAUUUCUGCUCCCACUCCUCUGUCCCCCAUGUCGGUUCCCCAAGUCACUGCAGCAGCAGCAGCCACUAACUCAACUCACCUUCCCGUCUCCGCCUCACUUCCUUCACCCGUCCAAGUUCCAACCCCCGCCUUGGCACCCAUCUCUGCUCCCGUCAUAGCUGUUGUGUCGACCCAAAUUGCCGUCCCACCCCCGGCCAAAGCUCUAACCCAAAUACAAGGUGCAGCUUCUGCACAUCUUCACGGGGUUGUGGCAAGCGCUGUCGUCACACCGGUCACAGCCACCUCCACUAUACCUUCAGUGCCAGCUCUGAUAGAACAGAAGGCAGCUCAGCCCCAAGUCUGGACUCCAGUCUCCUCUCCAGUUCAGACGGCUCAUCAGGCAUCAGCUCCAGUCACACCGCCUGCCUCUGCACUCGGCUCUGCUCCUGCAUCAGCCUCCACACACUCGCCUGGUAAUCUUCUGCCUCAAACAWCUCUGACUCCUCAGUCUCAAGCACAAGUCCAGCAUCCUGCUGUGAUGUCGAUGCAGCAGGUGUCCCAUAUGCCGGUCUCAGCAGUGCAGGUUCACGUGAAGGGACUACCAGUGUCCUCUGUCAUGUCUACUGUGAGACCCACGCAGCCUCARCUGCAGCCCCAAACCCAUGCUCCGAUUCGGCCCCAGACACAAGCUCAGAUCUGUGCACAGGUCCAGGUCCCUCCCUGCGGUCAAGUGCAGCAGCUGCAGCACAUUCAAAUGCAUCCUCAAGUGCAAGCUCAAAUUCAGCCCCAGGUCCACGUUCAGUUUCAGCCACGGGCUCAAAUUCAGCCUCAAACUCUACAGUCAGCUCAUGCUCAAGUACAACCCCUCACUCAGGUCCAGUCCCCACCUCAACCCCAGCCAAGGGUCCAGCCUCAGUACCUCCCCCAGGUACCAGCUUCAUUUCAAACGCAGCCACAAACACAACCUCAAGCUCUGCAGCAGCCUCAGGUCCAGUCUCAGGCUCAAACUCCACUUCAGCUACAGCCCCAGAUCCAAACCCAGCUCCAGCAGCCGAACCAGAUUCAAGCUCAGGCCUCGCAACAAUCCCACGUUCAUAUUGCAUCACACGUUCAAACUCAGCCCCAGUUUUCAGUCCAGUCCCCACCACAAACCCAAGUUCCAGCCCAGCUUCAGGCCCAAGCCCACAGCCAAGUCCAGGCAAAGCUCCAAGUCCAGUUCCAACCUCAGAACCAGUCUCAAGUUCAACCCCAGCCUCAGCUUCAGGUGCAGUCUCCAAUCAGGCAUCAGGUAAUCACCGUUUCAGGCCUCCAGCAGCCGGUCCAGCUACUCUCAGCCCUGCCGCCUCACAUCGCCUCCCAGAUCCAAGCCCAGAUCCAGGCACAGGCCCAGCAGCAGGGCGGCGCCGUUCCCCAGCAAAUCAAACUGCAGCUACCUAUCCAGAUCCAGCAAACRGGAGGUCAGAUACAAGCCCACCAGAUCCAGAACAUGGUGACCAUACAGGCACCUGCAAACGUUCAGGAGCAGCUUCAGAGGAUGCAGCAGCAGCAGCAACAGCAGCAGCUACAGCAGCAACAACCACCACCAAAGAAAAAGAAACACCUUGAGGCUAAAAGGGAACCAAAAGAGACGAAUCUACAGGUGGUCAGUCCCAAGGAUGGCAUCCAGAAACAGGYGGGAAUGAAGCAGAAUUCUUCAGCAGAGCAGCAGAAACAGAGGAAGAGUCUGGCUGCAGCAGAGCGGGAGGAGAACCAGAGAAUGAUUGUGUGCAACCAGGUGAUGAAGUUCAUCCUCGACAAGAUCGAGAAGGAYGAGAAGCAGGCGGCUAAGAAAAGGAAGAAGGAGGAGGUGGUGGAGCAGAAACGCUCCAAGCAGAACGCCACUAAACUGACCGCGCUGCUGUACAAGCACAAGGAGCAGCUGAAGGCUGAAAUCCUCAAGAAGAGGGCCCUGCUGGACAAAGAGCUGCAGCUUCAAGUCCAGGACGAGCUGAGGCGGGACUUGGCCAGGCUGCAGAGAGAAAAGGAGAAAGCCCGAACKGCCAUCGCCCAGGCCGCUGCAGCGACCAUCAAGGCGGCGGCGUCCUCCCACCUUCCUCACUCUGCACAUUCCUCCCACGGCACACACGCACCAUCCCAUAAACGUCCACGAGAAGACGAGAAAGACAGGGACAAAAACCGAGACCGACAUCACGACAARAGCAAGAAACGGGACAAGGACAGAGACCGACACAGAGACAGAGAUAAAGAAAGAGAGCGAGAUAGGGACAGGGAGAGAGACAAACAUCGGGACAGAGAGCGAGACAAAGACAAGGAAAGGGAUGGAGACCAGGAGCGAGAUCCCAGCUUAUUGAAGCACAAGAAGAAGAAGAAGAAGCUGUCUUCUACCUCAAAGGAUCACAAGAAGGACACCAAGCUGUACUGUAUCUGCAAAACGCCGUACGACGAGUCAAAGUUUUACAUCGGCUGCGACCUGUGCUCCAACUGGUUCCACGGAGCGUGUGUCGGCAUCACAGAGAAGGAGGCCAAGAAGUUAGAGGACUUUGUGUGCAGCGACUGUAAGCGUGGUCAGCAGGCAGGCAGCAGCGAGGAGCUCUACUGCAUUUGUCGGACACCUUAUGAUGAAUCACAGUUCUACAUAGGCUGUGAUCGCUGCCAGAACUGGUACCACGGGCGCUGUGUGGGCAUCCUGCAGAGCGAGGCCAAUCACAUCGACGUGUACGUUUGUCCACAGUGUCAGUCCACAGAAGACGCCAUGACUGUCCUGUCUCCACUCACUGACAAAGACUACGAGGGGCUGAAAAGAAUAUUACGCUCGUUACAGUCUCACAAAAUGGCCUGGCCGUUUCUCGAACCAGUGGAUCCUCACGACGCUCCAGAUUAUUAUCGUGUCAUUAAAGAGCCGAUGGACUUUUCCACCAUGGAAACCCGUUUGCAGAAGCGACAUUACCAGAAGCUCACAGAGUUUGUGGCAGACGUGACCAAAAUCUUCGAUAACUGCCGCUACUACAACCCCAACGACACACCCUUCUUUCAGUGCGCCGAGGUGCUCGAAGCCUUCUUUGUACAGAAACUAAAAGGCUUUAAAGCGAGCAGGUCUCAUAACAACAAGCUUCAAUCUUCUUCAGCCUCUUAGGAAACAUCGCACGUUGAGCAUACAAAAUGCACUUGCCAAGAAUGUGGCUUUUCUGAACUCUGACUCUCUGUGACCGGGUCAUCCGGCGACACYGCUUUCACGGGAUCCUUUCAGGCAGAGCUGCUGGACCAUUUUUAAGCUGUAAAGUUUGGRUGGGUAGUGGGGUGGCCUACCCAGGACCUGUCUUCACCAACCAGGGAGCCUGUACAGAACGACUGAGGCAUUUCAAAAUAAAAGUUUACCUCGGAGAAAACUCUUCUGGAGCUCUCAGAUUUCCAUUGAUAUGUUUUGUAUCUCAGAUUUUUUUUUUUUUAGUAUGUAAAAAGAAAAUUCUUGGGCCAUCCUUGUGCUCAUGUCUGUUCAAAUAGGAAACUGAACACUUGUCUGACCAUCGUGUACCAAGAGUUUUGUGUCUGAACUCAGAUGUCACAGAGGAACAACUUUUCUUAUUUUUCCAUCCAUUUCCACUCAUUGUUUAGUCUGAAKUGGCAUGAAAGAAAGUUUAAGUACUGAAGUACUACAUACUUGGAAAUCAUUAGUCUUCUUGGUCAAACUUCUAUAUAUCCUACUGAAGAGACAGUAAUAAGCUAUUGUAAAUGACUUUAUUUGCAGUAGUGACUGAGAAAGACAUGUUUGAAGGCCCUGUUUGUAAAAUAAAAAUCAUCAGAUUUUUGACUUGAUUUCUUUUUUGUAUUACAGCUGAAGAAAUAUUGAUGUAUAUGKAACUUAAUAAAACAGAAAAGACUGAUA